AUGCCGAAAUCAAAACGAAAAAUUGUUUCCGAACAGGAAGCUAAUUUCACGGAGGAACAAAAAGAAGAAUGGAAUAAGUUCUUCCGUAAUUCAGCGGAAGAUGCAGAUUACGUUGAGGAUUUGAAGAAAAAUCUCGCAGAAGCUCGAGUGAAGGUGUCGGAUGAAUUUUCGCAGUAUUCGGGCAGCCUCCCGGGUGACUUGGCGGAAUUUAAAGGGAUUGAUGAGCUGGAAGAAUUACCCGAAGAGCUUGUUCACCACAUCCGCCUUCUAAGUGAUGUAUUGCGGCACUUCCGUAGUGGACCGCUUCCUAAAACAGUCAAAAUGCUUCCUCAUUUACCGGGAUGUGAAGGUCUACUUGAGUUGUUGAAACCUUUAGAGUGGACCCCGCAUGUUUAUCCUCGCGUGACAAAGUCCGAGAUGUCGAAAACUGAAGGUGUCAUCCUGUCACAGCUGAUAAAAAAAGCCAGCCUUAAAGCACGUUUCGCGUCCGUUGCUUUGGCUUUAACUAUGGAGGAAGAGUUUAGCAUUCCCCGAUCCAUGGUCAUUGAAACCUUGUUGGCCAAGCGGUAUCACAUGCCCGAGGCUGCACUGAAACGAGUGGUGGAAUACUUUGUGAGUUUCGACAAAGAUUGUUCCGCCCACUUCACCACAGAAAGUCGAAUGCCUCUCUCGUGGUUUCGCAGUUUGCUUACUUUUCUUGAAUCCUAUCACACCAGUGUGGAUCCCGAGCAACGUGCACAGCUGAUCAAACUGUGUCGACGUCACGAGCAUCCCCAAAUCACCCCAGAGAUUCGACAGAUUUUUUCGGUGUGUACACCCAAGUUUGUGGGAUUGAGCGCAUCACGAGCCAAAAAAUACUAUCCUUCCUGGCAUGUACCGUAUAUUUUGGAUGAUUAUCAAAAUGUUACCCGAUCUAAACCCAAUCCCUACGAGACAUGGGAUCGGGAGUGGAAAAAAGCCGGCAUCAGUGCUCGUGAAUUGCAGCCGUUCGAUAUUUCACAUUUACCCGGUCAUUUAAGAUCUCGAUUGCAUCCGAAUGUGGAAUUUUUCCAACCCAAAUAUCGAUCGGAAAUGUCGUUGGAUUACAAACGCCGUUUGUUUGGUGCCUAUGGCUUAGCAAGCGGUGUCGAUCCAGCCACCUUGUUUGUGGAACCACGUACGGUUGCGUUCGAUCAAGCAGUUGAACAGGCCACAACGCGUCCGAUUGAUGAGGUGUUGGACGAACGACGCCGUGAUGAACAAGCGAGAUCUGAGGCAACCGAGAAGCUGAUGAAGACUAUCAAGACUAAUCUGGCCAAAAUGCCAGAAUUGUUGACUAAGUUUGAGGCUCAACGGCAAAAACAGCUAGAACAAGAGGCAGCGAAGGAGCUGAAGAAGAAAGCUAUUAUGGAAGAGGCCCGUGAUCGUUUCGGCUAUUACGUCAGCCCACAGGAUCCCAAGUUCAAAAAACUGAGGGAUGAACUGGAAGAACGUGAGAAGUUAAAGCGCAAAGAGAAACGCAAGAAAGAGGCCACUCAGAAUUGA